AUGGCCUGGAUUCCUGUCCUUCUUGUUUUUCUUUCUCAUGGCACCAUCUGUGUCUGCGGUCACCUGUCUCGGCCCGUGCUGACCCGGCCGCCCUCCCUCCCUGCAACUCUGGAAGCAACUGAUGGACUCACCUGCACCCUGAGCAGGGACAUCGGUGUGGGCGGCUCUGACAUCUACUGGAUCCAGCAGCGGCCCGGGAGCCCUCCCUGGGAUCUGCUGAGGUUCUCCUCAGACUCCGAUAAGCACCAGGGCUCCGGGGUCCCCGGCCGCUUCUCGGGCUCCAAAGACGCCUCGGCCAAUGUGGGGCUUCUGUGCAUCUUGGGGCUGCAGGCUGAGGCCGAGGCGGACUCUCACUGGGCUGUAGUUCUUGGCAGUGGGCGCAGCUACCGCUCCUCACAGCGUCUCAGACAACGUGGAAGUGAGACCGAAACCCCUGGGCCCUUCUCUCUGGUCCUCUUCAUCGAGAAGCUUCUGUGGGGCUUCCUGUCAGGUGUAUGCCAGUGUGGCACUAAGCACAGUGACAGAGACACAUGA